AUGAGAUGCCUUCUUCUGGCGUUUCUGAGGCUGCAGGAAGGCACGGCUUCGCAUCGACUUCUCCCAAAGCUCUGUCCAGAAUGCUUGGCGGAGCCUUUGGAGACGGACUAUUUUGGAGGAGUACCCGGCGGAGAGCCCCCGCGGCUGCGCGCGCCGACGCCUGCGUCCUUCGAUGCAGCAGCUCGUUCUGGCAAGGUGUUAAUCUUGGAGAACGCCUCCAGCGGUGCCGCUCUGGAGGGUUGGACAUGUGAACGCCUUGCGGAGGAGUUUCCGGAGGCCAAGAUGCGCAGAGAGUACGACUGGGUCAAGAAUCCCAAGGAUCUCAACACCCAGGAGAUGGGGAAGGUCGCUUGGGCUUCUUCCCGGGAGAUGGGGGAAGAUGCCCAGGAGCGGCUUCAACAGGACCCAGAUGCUCCGCCGUUUGCGCCCUUCUACUGGGGCGUAAGGGAACACAGAAAUGGCGACCUUGGAUCGAAGAAGGUGGUGAAGCGGAUCCGUCAGCUUAUCAAGGAUUCCGUCCCAUCUUUCAUGGACCAGGAAAAUGCAGAGUCUCUUUUUGAACAUGCAGAGUUCUGGCUUGGUGCCAAAGGCACGGGUGCGAGGGCGCACAUGGAUUCGCAUUGCAUUAGCACGCUCAGCGUGGUUUUGCACGGGGAACGGCGCUGGCGCAUCGGACCGGUGCCACGACUGCCAAAGGGAGCGGGGCGAUCUCCAGAUGACGAGGUCGUUUUCGACGACGGCGUGGCCUACAAGCUCGGAUGGAAGCCGAUGUUCGAGUUUACAGUCAAGGAAGGAGAGGCGGUGCUCUUCCCCCCAGGCUGGAUCCAUGAAACCCUGAACACUGCGGACGACUGCACUGUGGCGCUUACAACGCAGUUCGUCUUUCCCACGCCUGUCCGGUACUACCGCUCCUUCUACAAUCGUCUGAGGCGAGUCGGCGACUUGAACAGCUGCUGGCGUGAUAUGAUGAGCUGGGCGGGUGCGAAAGUCCCCAAAGGCGAUGCCAGAGCCUUGGCUGAAAAAAACUAUGGCGAGAUUGAGCAGAAGACGAAAGCCCUCGAGCCAAAAGAGCUCGACUUCUUCGAUCUUGACGAGGACAAAAGCGUGAGCAAGGAGGAGUACGUGCAGACUUUCACUGCAUGGGCUGCUACAGAAAAGGCAAUAAGAAAGGAGAAGCGAAAGCACCUGCCCAAAUGCGAGAUGAGUUGGGAUGACCAGGUGCUUCAGCGCGCAGACGAGCUCUGA